GAGUCCAGGUCCAGCAGCGGACAAUAAUUGUACCUGCCAAGUACGCCCUUGCGUACCUCUCAAUAGCCUUUCUGUGUACGCCCAUUCGCCCUUUUUAUUUAUUUGUUUAUUUUAUUUUAUUUUAUUUAUAUAUAACGCUUACAAUCCAUCGGUGUCUUCUCCGGCGCUGUAAUUCGAUUUGCUCUCUCCACCGCCGCCGCCACCGCCGCCGUCGAAGCAGAAAUUGUCGUUGGAUUGUGAUUAUGAAGAAGCUUCUGAGGAGAUUGUCGAAGGUUGCGGACUCGUCGUCGCAGUACAGCUUGUUGAGAUCGUCGGCGUUCAGGAAGAGGUCGGGAGGAGUACCGGAGGGGCAUCUUCCCGUGUACGUCGGAGAAGAGAUGGAGAGGUUCGUCGUUAACGCUGAGCUGUUGAAUCACCCAAUCUUCGUGAGGCUUCUCAACAAAUCCGCGCAGGAAUACGGUUACGAGCAGAAAGGCGUGCUCCGGAUUCCCUGCCAUGUCUUCCUCUUCGAGCGCGUCCUGGAGGCGCUCCGCCAUGGAUGCGACGUGCAGGACCUCCUCGACUCACUCACCGACGAUUUGUGACCGAUUCCACCACUGCCGCCGCCGUUGCCGAAGGUACGGCGCAGAUCGAUCUAUCGAUUUGAUUUGGUAUGAUUUUCAAUUAGAUCAAUCCGUAGCUUCUUUUCCCCCCUUUUCUCCCAAUCUCUGUAAAAAAAACCUCUCCUCAUCCUCCUCCUUCUUCGUCUUCCUUAGCUUCUCCGCUGUAAAUAGUCAAUGGCGGAACAAAUCGGAGAAGCGUUAGAGGCUAGGGUUUUGAUUCAGAUAAUUUUGUAUCAUCGAAGAGCAAUUAUCAACAUCAACAAAAAAAAAAAAAAAGAAAAAAAAAAAAGAA